GUUGAGUGAGCAUGAGUGUGAGAGCGAGCAUGAGUGUGAUUAUGAUGCUGACCCUGAGAGCGAGAUGGAGACGGUCAUUGAUGACGAGGAAUAUAUCACUACUGAUGAGGGUGAGAAUGAUAUGGCCGAUGAACUUGUCCCGGAGACCCUGGGUUGGGGUCGUAUGAAUGCUGAAAGUGGUCUGCGUCUGGAUGAGCGUGGACUUGGCCAGCGGGCUUGGGCGCUCAAAAACCGUCUGAAGUACGGGACUACCUUUCAUUGGGAUGUUGAGAACGGGGAGCCGACUUUCGACGACGUGCGAUGUCAGCUGUGGCAGAUGGUUUGCCAUGAUCUUCGUGAGAUUGAGAUUAAGCAUGGUGGUCGAGUUUACACGAAGCCUGCUCUUGGAUUUCGUUGAUUGUGG